AAUUUGUCGAGUCGACGGGCAUUUUCUCUUUUGUUCAGUGAAAAACAACCACAAAUAGACACAAAAGGUCCAUUAAAGAGAAACUGAAUGGCAACAAGAAGAGAGAAAAACGACUGUCCAUCAUCUUCUAUCUGGUCCGGCCUUCAGUGCUCCCAUGGAGGGAGGCUGGAGGAGCCUGUGUGUCUGCGCUCAGAGAGCAGCUCCCUCACAAUCAAUCCAGAUGUUCACUCCUGGCACAGUUGCCUCGCAAUCGAUCCAGAUGUUCACUCCUGGCACGCCUUGGUUUCCUUCCUCUGGGACACAGGUGUCCAUUUGGUUUAGUGCCUGGGUGGUACGUGAUGACCUCUGGAGAAAGCCGAUGCCAGGAUCUGUAUUUCCUGGCCCGGCAGCUGGAGGAGGAGGGAUCCGGACAGGGCGCAGGUUCCAGGAUCUGUCGUGACAGCGACGAGUGCGACGGGGUCCGGCCUCGACGAGAUGACUUCACCUGCUCGCUCAGACUGUUUGUGAAUGACACUCGCGGCCGGAAAGGAUGCAGACAUUUCUACUGAUACGCUUCGUCUUUCUGUGGGCGAUGUUCCCGCGGAGCAACGUGCAGGUCGCUGGACCUGCCGCAGUGUUGAACUGCUGUGAAGGAGAUAUUCUCCUUUUGCUGGACUCUUCAGGGAGUCUUACAAUCUACGAGUUCUCGCGCCUGCUGCUUUUCACUGCUGACCUUCUUCGUCCCUUCUCAUUGGGCCGUGGGCACGUUAGGGUCGGGCUGCUGCAAGUGGGCACCAGCCCAAACCUUGAGUUCAGCCUGAACGCCCACAGCAGUCAGGAGGGUCUGCAGAAAGCCCUGCGACGUGUCAGCCACCUGCAGGGAGACACCAACACCGUGGCAGCGCUCAGGUUGGCCCAGCGGCUCCUGACAGAGACAGAGGACAAGGUGCCGAAGAUACUGCUCUGGCUGACUGAUGGUGCGCAGCCUGGAGACGUGGACAGGCCCAUGACGGAGCUGGAGGCGCAGGGAGUGUCCGUGUUAAUUGUUUCUUCAGUUCAUGGCAAUUACCAGGUGUUACAACGUGCAGCGACACCUCCUCUGGAGUCCCACCUCUACACCGUGGACAUUGAUAACAUCGACAACAUCACAGAGGAUCUGAGGGAGGCCAUCAUCAAAAUUAUUUGUGCAGAACGGCUGCAGGUGGUUCAUGUGACUUCCCACAGUGCUGUGCUGCAGUGGCGUCCUGUUCUGAGAUCAGGCAGUGGUUAUUAUGCGCUCUGGUAUAACUCCAUGUUGAAAACGGAGCCUGAGACCAGACGAAUAGUCGCAGGUGACUCCAGCCGGGUAGAGCUGACUGACCUCCAGCCUGAGACCACCUACACAGUGUCUCUCCGCCCAGAGUCCAACCAGAGGCUGUUUGACACACUUUCUGUUACCUUCACCACACUUUAUGACGUGUUGAGCCCAGCGGUGCUCUCCGUGUCAGACUCCGGCCCUCAUCAGAUCCGUGUGAGCUGGGGUCCCCUGCAGCCGGCUCGGGUCCAGAGAUACACGGUGGAGUACGGAGCUUUUCCGAGCGGACGUGUCCAGACUGUGACGCUACAAAGUCAGAAAAAUUCUACUUUACUUUCCGGACUGCAGCCAGGCACUCAAUACCUGGUGACAGUCAGCGCUCUGCAUGUGAAUGGAAGAGAAAUAGCCAUGUCGGUGAGGGCGUGCACUGAGGAGGCAGCUCUGCCUGCUCUGGCCGACCUACAACUGACCCCAGUGGGGUGUCCGAAGGUGCAGGUAGCCUGGAAGGCCUAUCAGGAAGGCUUGAAAGGCUACUGGGUCAAGUGGGAGAGAAAAAACUCCCACACGUCCUCCUCAAAGUCCUUCUCCUCCGUCCACCUGUCUCCUACCUCUCGUUCAACGCGGCUCACACACCUUGCCCCGCGCAGCCGAGUGUGUGUGUCUCCGGUCUACACCUGGGGCCGAGGGGAUGGGUUAUGCUGCAAUGCCCUGCACACAGACUCCAGAUUCCAGUCAAUGGGGUUAACAACCUGAGUCUGCAGCUGAAAACAUGGAUUCAGUCAAGAAUUUUAAGUCAAGGCUUUAUCACACCACUCUCGCCCUGUGUCCUCACAAUGGAUGAGUAAAUACUGAGCAUAAUUUAUUCUUUUCUUCUUUUUCUGUAAAUGAAAAUGUCUGCCACUACAUCACACAUUUGUUCAGAAAUAGUUCAUUUGUUCCGUUAGUCAGGAACGUACAAAGCUGCAAUCACUGUCAGCAUGAGGAACUCUUGUCACCAAAAAAUGUAUUUAUUAUUCUGACGAACAGUCUAACUUAUCAGCCCACUCUUAAAUUGUACUGUUACAUAAUUAGAGCUGUAUUUACUUGAGAUUAUAUGAAAAUGCAUUUUCCUUCCAACUUUCCCUCG